GUGGCAGAGUUGGAACAGGGGAUGUUUCCAUCCUUUCACUCUGAUCCAUCCAUCUAUAAUUCAGCUGACCCGGCCGUAUCGGUGUCUCUUUCUUUCCUUCCCUCUGUAAAAUUGGCGUAUGAUGCAGGGAUGAAGAGGCUGAUUAACGAAUGGGAGAAAGAGGGAGCGAGAGAAAGGAGCUAUCACAACAGGUUGUUGUUGGUGGCAGAAAGAACAAGGGAACAACGAGGCAGAAGGAGGAGUGGGUUAAUAGCCAAGGUGACUUUCACUAUCAAAAGAAAAGAAGCCUGAAUACGCUGAUUAGUACCUAGCUAGCCUACUACCAACUAAAUUGUUUUAUUUCUUAACUUUCAACUAGUACUCUGGAGUGUAAAGAGAAUAGUUUAUUCAUGUAUGUAAAAUCCUAAUUAUUCCGUUUUUGUUUUGUGGAAAUCGAAGCGGUUACUAUGUCGGGGGCGAACAGUGAUCAGUUACAUAGGUCUACAUUGUCUGUGUACGCGAACCUGAUGGAACAGUUCAACCCAGGCCUACAGACGCUAGUUACAUUAGGAAACAGCUAUGUCAAGGCUUUCCAAGCCUUGGCUGUUACCAGUGAGGCCUACUUUAGUGCUGUAGCGAAGAUGGGAGAACAGGCCCUUCACACACUCUCCUCUCGCUCACUUGGAGAUGUCCUGGUACAGAUAUCUGAGACGCAGAGAAGACUCACAGCUGAGAUGGAGGGAGUGAUUCGAUGGUUCCAGGUAGAAGUUUUACAGGCCAUGGAGAAGAAUGUCAAGUUGGAUGAAGAGUACAUUGACGGCAGUCGCAGGGUGUAUGAGCUGGAGGUGAGGAACCAGGCAGAAGCUCUGGAGAGACAGCUGAGAAGAGGAGCCUUCAGAGACUCACUGGAGCACAGUGAGUACAUGCAGUACCUGAGACAGAGUCAACAUGACAUUAUGAAGGAGGAGGAGAGGAGGUAUCGCUUCCUGGCAGAGAAACACUGCGGACUGACACAGUCACUGCUCUUCCUCAUCAACAAGACAGGGGCUUCCCUACAGCAGAAGGCUGAUGGAUGGAAGGAGAAAGUGAACGAGACACGAGGCUCCAGACCCCGUAGCCCCACCCACCCUGACCAGGAGGAACAGCUGUGUGGCUCAGUGAGCUCUCUGCUGCAGACAGUAGAUGAGGACAGAGACAUGUCUUGGGCCAGGAGAGAACAGCAGGCCCUGGGGAGAGUGCCCUCUAGAGCCCCGUCCCCCCUCCACAGCCGAUCCCGCUCCUCCUCAGUGGGUGAGUCUCUGGGUCUGGGUGGGGGUAGGACCAUGAGAGCCCUGGUGUCCCACCCACCCUCCUCCAACCCCAAACUGCUACCCUUCACCCGGGGAGAGAUGGUCACUGUGUUGGUCCAGGAGCCGAGGAAUGGGUGGCUGUAUGGGAGAACGGAAAGCAGCCUACGCCAGGGCUGGUUCCCAGCAGCUUAUGUUUCUUCUAUUGAGGAGUUCUCUAACCUUUUGGGGUCCAGUGGCACUUCCUUGAGGAGCCACAGCAUGAACAACCUAUUGGAUCCCUCUGACACCUCCAUGGGCCAAUCAGAAAAGGCCUACGGUGAUGUUGCGCCCCCUACCACACCCACUCGCAGGGCCUCCGUCGACUUCCGACCAAUCUCUCCCCUCCCUGAGAGGAGGGCGGAGCCAGAGAUUGUGACGAGAACAAAUAGCCUGAAAGGCUACAACGAGCUCCCGCCCCCUCCUCCUCCGCCCCCGCCACCCCCUCACCCAACAACAAUGUUCCGGAGGGGGUCAGCUGACUUUCGACCAAUCCAGCUUACUUUCCCGGAGAGGACAGCAGAAUCAUUAUCACCCCUUGGAGCUUCUGGAGAAAACCUACUCUUUCCCAGGGGAACCAAUCCCUUUGCGACAGUGAAGCUUAAACCAACAACCACCAAUGACAGAUCAGCACCGAGGACCCACUGACCAAUCAGUACAGAGAUGUCGACGUCAAGAAAAGCUGACGUCCUUGAGUUUGACAUUGAGUCUAUUUUUAGAGAAAUUAUGUAGAUCGUCUAAUCGUGUAAAAAUAUAUAUUUAUUUAUUUGUACUAUUAUGCGAUUUAAGAAUAGCACUUUGUCACAUUGUUUGUGUGUUUCGAUAGAUUUUCCAAUGGUUUACUAAUUGUUCGAUCUAGGAUGCUUUUAUUGUGAAAUAGAUACUUUAAUUUUGAAAAUAUCUAAAUGAAUCUUCUCAUUUGUGCAUCCCUUGUUCUACAGUAUAUUAGUGUCCAGUCUAGUUUAUAUUAAAUCAUUAAAUAAUAACAAA